CAAUGGGGUGGUGCUCACCAACCGGCCCCUGCGCGACGGGGAGAUGUUCGAGAUCCGCAUCGACAAGCUGGUGGACAAAUGGUCGGGGUCCAUUGAAAUUGGGGUGACGGCCCAUAACCCCAAUAGCCUGGAGUACCCGGCCACCAUGACCAACCUGCGCUCCGGUACCAUCAUGAUGAGCGGCUGUGGGAUUCUGACCAAUGGGAAGGGGACGAGACGCGAAUAUUGCGAGUUCAGCCUCGACGAGCUGCAGGAGGGGGAUCACAUUGGGCUGACCCGGAAAGCCAACAAUGCGCUGCACUUCUACAUCAACGGCGUGGACCAGGGGGUGGCCACCACGCUGACCCCGCAGGUGGUGUACGGGGUGGUGGACCUGUACGGGAUGGCCGUGAAGGUGACAAUCGUCCACAGCCACAACCCCAGCGACCGGCUGCGGCGUCACAACGCCAUCCUGCGCGCCAUGUCCCCCGAGGGACCCAGGCGUACCCCGCCGGCCGCCCCGCCCCCCGCCGGGCCCCCCGCCCUCCCCAGGCUGGUGUUCCAUCCCAACUGCGGGCAGAAGGCGGCCGUGGUCAACGAGGGACGCACGGCGCUGCGGCCGCACGCCACGGACGACUUCAACCACGGGGUGGCGCUGAGCGCCCGGGCGCUGCGGGACAACGAGCUCUUCACCGUGCGCAUCGACCGCAUGGUGGACAAGUGGGCGGGGUCCAUCGAGAUCGGCGUCACCACCCACAGCCCCGCCCACCUGCAGCUGCCCUCCACCAUGACCAACCUGCGCUCAGGCACGUGGAUGAUGACGGGGAACGGGGUGAUGCACAACGGGACCACCGUGCUGGACGAGUACGGCCACAACCUGGACCGCCUCAAGGCGGGGGACACGGUGGGCGUGCUGCGCCGGGACGACGGGACGCUCCAUUUCUUCGUGAACGGGGUGGCCCAGGGACCCGCCGCCUGGAACGUCCCCCCCAACGUGUUCGCCGUGGUGGAUCUGUACGGGCAGGCGGCGCAGGCCACCAUCCUGGAGGAGGGCGCAGAGGUGACACCCCUAUCGGGCGACGACGCCGACGGUGACACCCCGGGGUCCCCCGAAAGCGUCCCCAGCGGGUCCUCACCCCCCCCGUCGGGUUCGGGGACGUCCCCGUGUCCCCAAGGUGACCUGCGGUUCCACCGGCGCCACGGCAGCAACGCCAUCGUCACCAACGGCGGCCGCACCGCGCUGCGCCAGAACUGCCGCUCCGAGUUCAACGACGCCAUCGUCAUCUCCAACCGGGCGCUGCGGGACGGCGAGCUCUUCGAGAUCGUCAUCCAGAAGAUGGUCGAUCGCUGGUCGGGCUCCAUCGAGGCGGGUGUCACCGCCAUCCGGCCCGAGGAGCUGGAGUUCCCCAACACCAUGACGGACAUUGACUACGACACCUGGAUGCUCAGCGGCACGGCCAUCAUGCAGGACGGCAACACCAUGCGCAACAACUACGGCUGCGACCUGGACGCGCUGGGCACGGGCUCGCGCAUCGGCAUGAUGCGCACGGCGCGCGGCGACCUGCGCUACUUCAUCAACGGCAGCGACCAGGGCGUGGCCUGCUCGGGGCUGCCCCCCGAGGUGUACGCGGUGGUCGAUCUGUACGGUCAGUGUGUCCAGGUGUCCCUCACCGGCGCCACCGGCCCCGUUGACAACAGCCAGGCCCCCGCCACCGUCACCGAGAAGCCGUGUCCCCUCCCCUCGCCAGCCCCCGGGCCGUGCCAGCGCUUCCACGGGCGCUGCGGGCAGAACGUGGCGCUGGGCGCCGAGGGGCUGGGGGCGGCGCGCGUGUCCGGAUACAACCACGGGCUGGUGUUCAGCCGCUCCCACCUGCGGCCCGGAGAGCUCUUCGAGGUGGGCGGGGACACGGGGACACGCCCACUGUGUGGGGGGAGGGGGCGGGGUCACCCGAGGGGGCGGGGUCACAACCCCAGAGGGGAAAUGGGGAGGGAUGGUAUGGGGUGUUAUGGCCCUUUAAGAGAAGGGGGCGGAACCCCCUAUAACCCCCCAUAA